AUGUCAACAACCUCCAAGAAGUUGAUCCCAGCUACAUCCCGCAAGGGAUGUAUGCGUGGUAAAGGUGGCCCCGAGAAUGCAAGUUGCACGUACAAAGGUGUACGGCAACGCACCUGGGGUAAAUGGGUAGCCGAGAUCCGCGAACCCAAUCGCGGAGCUCGGCUUUGGCUCGGCACUUUUGAUAAUUCUUAUGACGCUGCUGUCGUCUAUGACGCUGCAGCCCUUAAGCUUUAUGGUGCCGAAGCCAAACUCAAUUUGCCCCAUCUGUACAACAUUCCGGCCCAGGAUCAGUCCCAGGCCCAGGCCCAAAUCCAAAACUCUAGGCCCAUUACCAUCAUGAGCCCAUCUCUAGCUCCCGUUUCAGCUACUGCUCCAGCUUCAAUUCCUGCUCCGCCUGUCCCUUCCGUUUAUAAUGUGGCUUCGCCAUCAACUUGGAGCGUAGGAACUGAUUCUUCGCUUUAUUUCAACGAUCAUGAUUUCGGUAUCAACAAUUUUUCUGCUAAUGAUAUUCCAUCUGCAUUUAAUUUAAUCGACAUUAAUAAAACAGCUGAUGAUCAUCCUGACGAAUUCGUUGAAAAAAACGAUAAUGCUACUAACAAUAAUCAAAGCAGUCAAGGACUUGGUGGAGAAAUGUUUAGGGAUCUAAACAUGAAUUUACCAGAAAUUGAUGAUUCAUCAAUUUGGGAAGAAGCUAAGGCAACAACUUCAUUUCAAGAAGCAGUGAAUGAUCCAGGAAUAGGUGGAUACAACUUGGAUGAUGGCCUUAAUUUUCCUCCAUGGUGUGGUUAA